UUGACGCCAAAUACAAAAAGUAGCGGAAGUUCAGCAACUUCUCAUCAGCUGAGAUACUUCGGUGGAAGUAAUUCACUCAUGUUGGAGUAAACAUGGAGCCUGUUUUCCUGCGCUUUGGCUCUUAUGACUUUGAUGCCGAUGAGCGGUUUGUGGCAGGAUUGAAAUCUUUGAACACGUCCGACAGCAGCAGAAACGAAGCGGAGAAACUGGACCUGAAACUGUUCUUUUAUAACAGGUUUGUUGAGCCCAUAGACCGGAGCAGCUACAAACAAUGGAGCUCUUCUUCUUCUUCUUCUUCUUCUUCUUCUUCUUCUUCUUCUUCUUCUCAUGGGACUGCUGUUGAGCCGAAGAUGCCUUCAUGUUCAGACUCGGACUCCAGUAAAAACCAAAGAGCAGAAACAUCUGGACACACAGAGACUACACAGCUUUCCUUUGCGGAGGUGAUGCGACUGAUUCAGGAGGGGAAGGAAGUUCCUGGAGUGACAAAGCUGGACAUACAGCCGAGCAACGAGAGUCCCACUCCUUCUCAGAUGAACCGGAUACUGAAACCGUGGGAAAUGACGCCAUCCUCCAAGUGACCUUUCACACUUUGCACCACCGUGUACAUACAAACCCAUAUUUUAUAAUAAAGAGUAUAGAAAAUCAAGUUAAAUACAUUGUUAUUAUAACUGCAGUUGAAUUUAAAUUAUUCCAAUUCAAAGUUUGUACAAAUGAAGGCUACAUCCUGAGGGUCACAGAAAUGCUGCGUUUAAGAGCAACAUGGAAAAGGGAACCAACUAAUCUUUAGACUUUUAAAUGAGACAACAGUAUACCUGAUCAACACACUACACUUAAAGUUUGUUAUGAUCACAAACCUAAACCCACUGGGAGACCGUGUAAAGCCACUGAGGCAUCUUAAAAGUUCUCGUCACUGUGUCAUCAAGGAGCUGUUUUGUAUUCGUCUCUUGCCCACCUUGGUCUUCAGGAAGUGAAGACAUUUGCCCGUUUGACAACACAUUAUGAAAUUGUUUUCGUACGUUCACAAUAUUGGAUUUAAAAUUCCUAAAGAGAUCUGUUGAUAUUUUCUGAGGAGGCAUUUAUGAUUCACACAGCAAGUUUAAGAAUGUAAACACGGAGUCUAGUCUAAAUUGGAGCUGUGACAGGUCGCGUGUUUCAAAUGCGUCACCACAGUUUACCCCUGCGCUGCGUUGGAGUAUGUGUGUUUCAUCAAUUUGUAUAAACAGCAGAGGCAGGAGUUCGUAGUCUUUCAGUCUCACUAAGGCCUUUUGUCCCAUCACACUGGAAAUAAAAGUAUUCUUGAACGACCAAACUGGAAAAUCGGGGAAAGAACAGACGUCCCAGGGAGGGGGGGCUGUUUGUUUUUAUCCCUGAUGUGCUUAAGGUUUUGUGUUAAGCUGGAAUAAUAGCGUUCAUCUUCAGAGUUUUAUCAGGGACUUUCAGAGUUUUGUGCUGUGGUGAAAAAUGCAAGAAUUAGUUCUGUAACAAAUGAAGAGGAUGAAUGAAGCGCCAGUCACGGCUCAGAGCGGGCGUUCUUAGGAAGUUACAUAAACGACCGUACACUGUGGAGAGUGUUUGCAGAGGAGGGGGCUUGUGUAUGUUGACCCUGCAGAGACACAUCUGCACCAGUUUCAUAUUCACAUCAGGGCAGUUGUGUCAUUUCCGAGUCAUCAUGGACGAUGUGGAUAAUAUUUACAAAAAAAACAAAAAAACAAACAAACCAGAGCCCUUUAAAGCACCUUUAAUUAGUCAAGUGAUGAAACAGGUUUUGGCUUAAGAAAUGUUUUGUUUUUUUUUUUUUUCCCUGGCUAAGUUAGUCAAAAUUAAAAACAAAAAUUAAAAAUAAAAAUAUAUUGAUCAGAGAACAUGUCAUUUUGUCCGUGGUGUACAAAUCACACACCUUGACCUGACUUUUCUUUUCACCAUAAACUAAUAUUCUAAUUUUUCUACAACAUAUUUUUUUUUUUUAUAUUUCAUGAAAACAAACAACUAGACAAUGAAAACAUGGGAGAAACAGAAAUCACAGAGUAACAGUUCAUUCGUAUCUGCUCAGAGAUCAGAGGUAAGAAAUAAAAACCAGAACAGUACAUGCAAAGUUAGCACCAUUACCACAGAAGGGCCACAACAUUUCACUGCUGUUUGUCAGAAGUAUCAUAACCAAAUACAGUACAGUCAGAUAAUGGUGUGAUAACAUAAUCAACCACAGGAAAAUGAACCAUGCAAACACCUGAAUAGAACCGCUGGGUUUUAAAAUCAUUACAGAAGUUCUCUCACCAAUUUUUAAAAAAGACAUUUCUAUGUGUACAAACAAUUCGGAUUUAAAUCAUUAUUUUCAUUUCUGAUUAAUCAACACAACAGUCAGUUAAUAAAACAUCGGAAAACUGUUAAAAAUGUUACAUUUCAUUUUCUUGGAGCAAAAAGUGCCGUCAUCAAAAGACAGUUAAAGGCACCAGCGUCGCGAAACUUUUGCAAAUGAGAACAAAUAUUUCUUACGCCUUUCACAGCUGCGCCGUCAAAAUGUUUUGGUUGCUUCUGAACGAAAAAGUUUGUGAUUGUUUGAGGAAAACUAGUGCGAAACAAAAGGGGCAAGUUUGAAAAGCUGGAAACAGCGAAUGUGCGGCAUGAUUAAAACGAUUGUUUGCCUGAAAAGUGACUAAUCAGCUAAAGGAGACUAAUGAAUCGGGUUGAUUGCUUAGAAGCUACUACGAUGUCAGACUGAGAAGAGCAAUAAACACCAGUUUAAAAUAAAUACUUGUCAAGUCGUGCCAUGAAACUAUGAGCGGAGUAACGCACAACUGCAGCUGUUUGUUGCAGCUUCCAGAUGAGAGCGAGGUAUGAAUAUAAACAGAGCAGUGAUCACAGUUAGUUUCAGGUCAGAAUUAGCUGCACAGGUUAGUGUGACAGUGAACACACAGCAGCACGAUGGACAAACACUCAGAAAACAUGGUUGAUGUGAACCGUGAUAAAAAAAAACCAAAACAAGCUGAAUAAAUAACCAUGAAAUAAAUAUUUGUAUGACUAAAAACAGAGACAAAAUACGGGAUAAGACCAAGCAAUACUUCCUUAACAGACUUUUUAAUUGUUUCCAGCAGUUUUAUGCACUUAAUUAAAAUGUGUUUCCAGUUUUGUGGAUUUUUAUCCCAAUUUCUGUUUUAAUUCAUGAUUCCAGCUUCGGUCUAAACGAGCAGCUGAUUGACCUUUCGUUGCGUAAUUGUCUUUUCAGUAGUAAAUAAAUAAUUAGGACUUUGAAGGAAGGACACUAAGGACUGUUGGAAAUAAAUAAAAAUCAAAGGAGAAUCAAAUGUGUUUUUCAUGGUCACAGCCCGUAUUUUGACGGUCGUCCAAGUCUCCGGCAGCUGAAUAAAUUGUUUAUAUUAUAACAAGACUGCAGCUAAGAAUAAAGCAGACUAUGCACUUGGAGUGUAUUUUCUAUCACAACCAGAACAAAUGACGGCUCAGGCGGCAGCUGAACGAGUUCAAGGCUCGCCGCUUCGUUUAAGGUCAAAUUUGAUUAUUUAUCACUGAGGCAACAUGAUUUAAA